GUCUCAUGGGAUAAAAAUACAUUCACAAUUGCAGGAGAAAAACUUCAUAUAAACUCGUUCGAAUUUCAUCCUUGGAGAUUACCCGUUCCAAAGUUAUGGCGUGAUCCAUUACAAAAACUCAAAGCUGCAGGCUACAACACAGUCUCUAUCUAUACUCAUUGGGCUUUAAUUAUGCCUUCGCCCGAUGCAUCUUCUGUCUCAUUAGAUGCCCCAGCUAAUCAAUUAGCUGAAUUCUUAACGAUUGCCAAAGAAGUUGGUCUUUUCGUCAUCUUACGUCCUGGUCCUUACAUCAACGCAGAAACAACUGGAGGUGGAAUGCCAGGCUGGGUACAAAACCUUGAUACGGAAUUGCGUACAAACACAACUGUUUUCGACAAUGCUUGGGCUCCAUACAUGAAAGCAAUCGUUGACGCUGCCGUUCCGUUCCAAAUUAAAGCCGGCUCUUCAGAUAAUAGCAUUGAUACCUCUGGCGGUACACUCUUGGGCGUUCAAGUUGAAAAUGAAUUCAGUGAUGAUCAAGCACAAUCUGAAUACUUUACUCAAAUUAUGGAUUUCUAUCGUGCAAAUGGAGUUAAUGUUCCAACGACAUUCAACGCUCUUAGCGGUACGGAUGACUAUGAUAACAACACCCAAUUAGAUAUUUGGGGUCAAGAUAGUUACCCUCAAGGCUUCAAUUGUGCAAAUCCUACAAAAUGGUCAGCUGUUUCCAACUAUACAGACUUAAAUCAACUACGACCAUCAAAUCCCGCUUCUAUUCCAGAAUUCCAAGGCGGAAGUUACGACGCUUGGGGAGGAAGUACGUACGAUGCAUGUGCUUCCUUGACAAACAGCAGCUUCGUCCGUGUUUUCGACAAAUCCGCCUUGGGUGAUGGUGUGAAGUUCUUGUCGAGAUAUAUGGGAUACGGAGGUACGAAUUGGGGAAACUUGGCUUUCGGUGGCUUGGUCUACACAAGUUAUGAUUACGGAGCGGGUUUGAACGAAAAGAGAAUUAUUCGUGAAAAGCUUCGUGAAUCGACGUUGCUAGGAUCUUUCUUGCAAUCUUUCCCAAGUUUUUCAAAUUCUGAUGUCCAAUUAGAAGGUACGAAUUUAGGCAUUUCUCAACAAUCGGAAGAUAUUGCCGUGUCACACCUUAAACAAAUCGACGGCGGAAACACUUCUUGGUACCUCGUUCGUCAUGGCGAUUCUACCUCAAGCUCGAUUGCAACCUUCCGCUUAGAUGUUGAUAUGGGGAAUGGUAAUACAACAACCAUCCCACAACAAGGUAAAAUGUCUCUGAUCGGUAGAGAUGCUAUUAUGGUUCCUGUAAAUGCGCCUUUCCCAAGUUCUGGCUUGACAUUAAACUAUAGUACAUCAGACGUGACUUUCAUGGGUACCGUUGGCCAACAAGACGUGAUGGUUUUGCACGGCUUUGCUGGUUACACGUACGAAUUCGCAUUGGCUGGAGGCUUGACGGCAAAUUCUACAGAUUCAUCUGUUAAAAUUCAACAAGUUGGUAUUGGCGCUACAAUCCAAUGGACACCUGCUCAAAAUGCUGCUCAGAAUGUUCAAGUGAAAACAUCUGAUGGAAAGCAAGUUUUGAUUCGUUUGGUGGAUAUUGAAUAUGCUCAAGCUCUAGGAUUCCCUUCCACUGCAUCAGUUGCCACACUUGAUGGUAUCUUGGGUCGUGGAGAUCGUGUCGUUGUUCAUGGUGCAUAUCACAUUGCAAAUGCAACUUUGAGCAGUGACGGAAGUACUCUCGCUCUUGCCGGUAGUUUGAACGGAACGUCAGCAUCCAACUUGGAUAUUAUUGCACCUGAAAGUGUCAAGCAAGUCACAUUCAAUGGAGGUAAGCCGACAUCAUCUUCUUCAAACGAUCAAAGUUUACAAGCUUCAUUCGCAGCAGCACCACAAGAUGUUUUAUCCUACGAAGCACCAGCUCUUUCGAACUGGAAAUACCAGGAUUCUUUGCCUGAAAUUCAGUCAGGUUUCAAGCCUGAUAGUAAUUGGCAAUCAGCAAAUCUGACGAAAACUCCCAAUGCUUGGUUCGCCAGUGCAAAUACAACAAACGUUCUCUUUGCUGAUGCAUAUGGAUUCCAUUCAGGUGGUGCAAUUCUUUGGCAAGGUCGCUUCAACGGUUCAUCCGUUCAAGCUGAUCAACUUCAAGUCAACUAUAUCGGCGGCAAAUUCUUCUCUUCUUCGACAUUUUUGAACGGUAAAUUCGUCGGUGCAACAAAUGUACCUUCAGAUUCAACAGAAGCAUCUGCAACUUUCACUUUGAAUAUAGACAUGUUUGUCGAUGGUGAAAACGUGUUUACCGUUUUGAUGGAUUCGACCGGACUACAAGAAGAUGGCGGAACAGUGACAAACGUAAGCGGCUAUCAAUAUCCACAAGAAGAUACAAAGCAACCAAGAGGAAUUUUAACAUUUGACAUCCUAAGCGGUGGCAAAGCACAAACUGAUUUGAAAUUAGAUUGGAUCGUGACGGGCAAUCAGGGUGGUCAGAACCUUUUGGAUAAAGUCCGUGGUCCUCUGAACGAAGGAGGAUUUUAUGGCGAAAGACAAGGCUGGCAUUUGCCUGGAUUCGAUGAUUCGAAAUGGUCUACGACCGACCCAACUACCACAGAAGGUGGUGUGAACGGUUCAAGCGUUCGUUUCUACCGUACCAGUGUUUCGCUCAAUAUCCCUGAUGGAUAUGAUGUUCCAAUAUCUAUGGUGUAUGGUGGAAAUGCAAGCGAUUCUUCUCAAACCUGGAAGAGCUUAUUCUUCAUCAACGGUUGGCAAUACGGUAAGCGAUUUGUACAAUUCGGACCACAAACAAAUUUCCCAAUCCCUCCCGGUAUUCUCGAUCCUAAAGGAGAUAACACAAUCGCUGUCGCUCUUUGGUCACCAGAUUCAAAAGGAGCUACUCUGCCAAAAUUGAGUUUGGAGAAGCAAGGAGUAUUUGUUGGACCUGUUGAUUAUUCCGUCAACAAUCCUACCUACCAACAAGUUCGUGGUUAA